AUGAAGGAAAGAUUAAAGAACCGUUCAAAGAGUAUAUUUGAAUAUCAUUUCAAGAAAUUGUUAGUGUAUUGGAAAGAUAAUCAUGUUCAGGAUAUUAGUAAAAAGAAUGCAGGUAAUAGGAGCAAGCAAAAGUUUAUGCAUCGUGUAGGACCAAUAAAUUUUGCUAGAAUUCGUGCAAAAUUGAGAGCAAAAAAGGAUGGAGAAGAAGUCACUCAAGCUGAAAUGUUUAUUGAAACUCAAAAAAGUCGCAAGGGAAAACAAGUGGAUGGGGAAACCCAAUUUGCUAUUGAUAAACUUCAAGAAUCUAUUGAAAACUCAGUUGAAGCUGGAACACAAGCAUUUCAAUCAUUGUUUGGGAAAGAAAAGCCCGGUAGAAUUUCUGACAUGGCGCAAAAGAUGGGAGCAAUGGAGGCACUUUUGAAAAGCAUGUAUAUGCAACAAAAUCCACAUUUAAGUGAAGAGGAAGUAGAUGAUAAGAUGAGAGAAACUUUGCACAAUGAUAAUAUUCCAACACCACACUCAUCGACAUCAACAUAUGCUCUUACUCAUCAAAAGAUGGUUAGAAACAAAGAUGAUCCUCAAGAUGAACAAGAUGAUCAUCUUCAAGAUGACGAUAAUCUUCAAUAUAAUCAAGAUGAUGAUGAUCUUCAAUAUGAUCAAGAUGAUGAUGAUCUUCAAUAUGAUCAAGAUGAUAAUGAUCUUCAAUAUGAUAAUUUUCAAGAUGAUGAUUCUCAUGAACCUCAACACAAUGAAUAUGAUAAAUACCGCCAUUGA